AUGGAUAAUCGGGCCUGUGGAAAAAUACCUGACAUGAUGACUUUAGAAAUCCAACGGCUGGUGGCCUUCAUUGACCAGGAGGCAAACACCAAGGUGGAGGAAAUCGAUGCCAAGGCUGAGGAGGAAUUUCAACUGGAAAAAUCCCGCCUUGUCCAAAAUCAACGCCUCAAAAUAAUGGACUUUUACGCAAAGAAGGAGAAGCAGUUGGAGCUAUCCAAGAAAAUUCAGGACUCCAACUUAAUGCACCAGGCACGUCUUCAGGUGUUGCAGAGCAGGGAACAGUUCAUUGAAAAGUUGCUUGCUGAAGCACGUGAGCGUCUCUUCGCGGCCACCCAGCAUACCGACAAGUAUCGCACCACCCUGGAAGGCCUGAUCACCCAGGUAUCGUUUCGGCCUCUGCCUCUGCCUCUUUCACUACGUUUUUAUUUGGCUACAGACUGGAUAGCUCCUAGUCCCUUCAAGCCUUAUGGUGAUUAUGCGACUAUCGAUUUCGAUGAAGUCCAGUGGUACAGUGACGGUGACUGGUUACAGGGUGGGUAG